UGAGCUGGUGGUUUCCUUUUUUUUCCUCCUUCUUCCUUUCUGAGCGACUCCCUCCGUCGUCUUUUUAAAGCAGCCUCUCCACACACACUCACACACACACACACACACACAGAGCUGCUGCUGCUGAGGGACUGAUCUGCUUCACAAAGGACCGAGGAGUUACCUCACCUCCACCAUGACCGAUCGCUUCGACUGCUACUACUGCCGUGACAACCUGCACGGGAAGAAGUACGUGAAGAAGGAUGAGAAGCACGUGUGCACCAAGUGCUUCGAUAAACUCUGCGCAAACACCUGUGCAGAGUGCAGGCGCCCGAUUGGAGCCGACUCAAAGGAGCUGCACCAUAAGAACCGUUACUGGCACGAGGAUUGUUUCCGCUGCGCCAAAUGCUACAAGCCGCUGGCCAGCGAGCCAUUCAACGCCCGGGACGACGGCAAGAUCAUGUGUGGCAAGUGUGGCUCGAGGGAGGAUGGAAACCGCUGCCAGGGCUGCUACAAGGUGGUGAUGCCAGGGUCCAAGAAUGUGGAGUACAAGAACAAGAUGUGGCACGAGGAAUGCUUCAAAUGCUUUGAAUGCAAUCAGCCAAUACGCUCACAGAGUUUUGUGACCAAAGGUGAUGACAUCUACUGCCCUCCUUGCCAUGAAAAGAAGUUUGCCAAGAAAUGCUUCCACUGCAAGCAGCCCAUCACCUCUGGAGGGGUCAGCUACCAGGACCAGCCCUGGCACUCUGAGUGUUUUGUGUGCCAGACCUGCCGUAAACCUUUGGCAGGAACUCGCUUUACCUCCCACGAGAAUCACGUUUACUGCGUGGACUGCUACAAAACUGACGUGGCCAAGAAGUGCCAUGGCUGCAAGAACCCCAUCACAGGGUUUGGCCAUGGAACCAACGUGGUGAAUUAUGAGGGAUUUGCCUGGCAUGAGUAUUGCUUCAACUGCAAGAGAUGCUCCCUCUCAUUGGCCAACAAGCGCUUCGUCCUCAACGGAGAUCACAUCUACUGCCCCGACUGCGCUAAGAAGCUGUAAAUGGCACAAUUAGCCGAAAUGAGUUUGAAGUAGAGUCGUGGAAAAGUGCCUCUUUAGAGUCACCGAGUUCAGCUUUGAUUAGAAAAUAUGAACUUAUUUCUGUAUAAGCAUGCAUGCAAACAGUUUUGUUGAAAAACAAGUUUUUCCAACUUACUCAGCUCUAGCUUCCACCUGUCUAGUUUGUUUCAGUUUUAAAUGUUAGUUUCUAACACUUUUUUUAAGUGCCUUACUGGAUUCGUUUCCCAGAUUAAAUGCUGGCUGCUGCUCAAACAGCUUUGAUGAAUAAUCUGCCCCAUCUCUGUAUGUUUGAAAAUAUUUUAGAGUACAUUUAAAACACAGUUUGUGACUGAUGCUGAAAAAAAAAAGCAUGUAUUCAAGCUUGAUGUUUGAUGCAAAAUAAAAGAAUGUG